CGCAGCCACGAAAGGCGGGGGAGAGGAGAGAAAGAAUGUAACCAAUCAGCAAAGGGCGUCUGUUACCCUGACAACGGGUGCCGCUUGGAUCCCGGCAUGCCGCGGUCUCCCAAAAUGGCCGUUCUGAGCCGAGCGGGAGGAAUAGAAAGAGAAAGGCUCAAGUGAGAGAUCCCUAGUAUUGCCUGGGAAGAGGGGAGGGGAAAUCCUGGGCGUCGAGGAUGUGGGAGGAAGCGGGGAGCUCCGUGACCUUGCUCUGCCUCACUGCCAGCAGUGGGGUGCCCCUCUACUGCAGGAGCCGGGGCGGCUCUGCCAAGCAACAGCUGCCUUUCUCUGUGAUUGGCUCCUUGAAUGGGGUUCACAUGUUUGGCUCCAACCUGGAUGUCCUGCUGACAGCUACCUGUACGGAGAACACUCAUGUGAUGUGGAAAGUGUUUCAUGACAGUAUCACCCUCAUUGUCCUGUCUUCUGAUGAAAAUGCUACUGACUUUAGCCUUGGGCGGCUCCUUGAUAAUAUUUUCAACGCCAUGGUGCUGGUGUUGGGCCUGGAAGAACUGAUCAAUGCGCGCAAUAUUGAACGUCUCAAAAAGGACCUAAAGGCAUGUUACAAGCUGAUUGACAGUUUCCUAGAGCCAGGAAAAUGCAGUGCGGACCUGACUCAGUGUGUGGAAUGUGCUGUGAUGCCCUCCAGGGCGAUCCUGCAGGAGUGCUUGGAAGCCUUUGCCUCUGCAGCAGAGUCACGGUUUGGCAGCCUGCUUGUGGGAGGCCGGGUGCUGUGUGCAACGGAGCAGUGGUGGCAGCUUGCAGCCCAGGAGGCCAUGCUGCUAGUGUGGCUGGUGCGCUCACUGCCCCCCCACACCUCUCGCGAUCUGCCCGUUUACCUUCCUCAUGGCAGUCCCACAGUGCCCCACCGCUUCCUGACCUUCCAGCUUGUGCCUGACUUGGAGGUGGUUCUGCUGUGUGGGCCUAAUCCCUCGUUACAGUGCCUGACUGAUGAGCUAGUGCAGCAGUUUUGGCAACCACUGCUGGAUCUCCUGAAGGCCAGUGCCAGAGCCGCUCUUCAGUGCCUCCCUCCAGGCAUCUCUCUUGCCCCUGGGAUCCUGGGGCUGUUGCUGAUCAACCAAGAUCAAAGGAAAAGCCUCUUCACAGUGCAGCCUCCUGGCACUUCAACUGAGGGAUCAGAGAUGCCUCUGAAGGAUCGGCUUUGUGCCCUCCGCUCUUUCUAUGCCUUAGUGAUCUCCUUGUACUUCCCCUGUGAGAAGCCUGAAGGGAGCACAGUCCCUCUACAGGAGGAGUUCCAGGCUGGUUUCUCCCACUGCCCUCGGCACUGCUAUGUGGUCUGUACUACGCACAAGGCAUAUGCAAUCCAUAGGAGGCAGCACCAGCUUUUCCUGGUCCUGAAGCCAGAUGUGCCCACCUUUGCUCUGCGCUCACUGGCAACCCGCACGCUGCAGGCCCUCACAGCUGAUGAUUCUGCCUUUUGAAGGGGACAGCUCACUACUGGAUUCCAGAACCACACUUGGACUGGAGAUACAGGGCCCCUGGACCCUCCAUACAAGCUGGGUUUACACUGCAGUGAAGUGGAAGAAGUUUCAAGGACGUGGGGAUAUUUCAAAAGCAGGAGGAAUGAUAAAGACUGGGAGAGAUCGUGCACAUGACCCAAACUGGCGGCAGGCUCACGAGUGGAAUUGCUCCUGUGGUUCUGCCGUUCACCUUGGUGCCACGGCAGAGCAGGAAGCCAAGAGAGUGGUGCAGAGGAGGAGCCUCCCUCAGCCGGGCUCUCUUGCUGCCCAGCUGUGUGUGUGUGUGUGUGUGUGUGUGUGUGUGUGUGUGUGUGUGGACUGCCUGCAGCCCAUGCACGCACACAUGACCCCAAACCUGAGUUAAAGCUUGCGGUAAGUUCCUGGGCAUGGGACUGAGAGAGUGGCUUGAUCCCGGCGCUUCACAUGGGCAGCCAAGUCCAGGCUGGGAUGCCCAAGCCUGGGCUUGGCUGCUCUUGUGAAUCGCCUCUGAGUCAUUGCUCUAAGCCGGAGCCUACUGGUCUAACUGUGGUCAUCGUUACCACUUCCGGCCUCAUCUUCCACUUAAAAAAAAAAAAAAAUUUACAAGAGCUGUGCAUCUUCUGUUCUUAUCUAGCUGGAAGACACACAGAGGCAGGUCUCACGAUCAGUGAGACCCACUCUGAAAGGGUUUGCUGGGAGAGCGGGCUAAGCCUGCUCUCCCCACAGACGAUCAGCAAGCCCUGCCUGGGCGGCUGGAUCAGCCACCCACACAGCUGCCGGCUCCGUUAUGGAGCCGGUGGGGGCUUGGCACGUGGCCCCCGGAAGUUCCAGCAUGCCCUGCGCAAACACACAGAACAUGCUGGAGAGCCCCCCCGAGCCAGGAUGCUGCUUUUUAGCCUCCCUGUCAGGAGUCUCCUUGUGAGUUGCCGCAGUAGCAGUUAACCCCAAUUAGUGGAGCGCUCGCUCUGCUAACCUGGGAUAAGGGGAGGGCUUCUCAAGCGGGUUAGCCACUUAUAAACCACCGGGCUUGCCUGCGAGCCCGGUAGUUUACACGAGCAGCAAAAAUUGGGCUAGCCCAAUUUUUGCUGGUGGUGAGAAUAGCCUCAUUGUCUGGAUACUACAACCAUAAAGCAAUUCAUGUGAUUGUAGCUACAUCUGGAAAUAGUUGCGAUGAUUUUGAACGAAAACUCUGCUGGAGCUGAGAAUUUAGGCUUUUUAGGUACACAACUCAGCCCAGCAACCAUCUCCCUUUGGUUGGAAGAUUCAUAUUAUAUGGGAGGCCCGAUAGAGUUUGAAACACACAUCCACACUUUUUACUGCCAUCCACUUGCAGUGGAUAUGCAUUUGCUACUGGAAGUUAACUCCAUUGCUUCUGUACAUUGCACAUAGUUUACCUAUUCCUUGUUUAGACUAGCGUCUCCUGCACUGAGAAGCACUUGAACACUAAAGUGCUGUUUUACUUUUAUAAUGUGAUUAUAAUAAACUGCUGUUUUACUUUAA